AUGUCAACAACUACAACAACUACAACUACAACUACAACAAACCCAACUACUACAGCAGCAGCCACACCAGCAGCGACAGCAAAAAAUAUAGCAUCAGAACCAAACAAGACGCACCUGACGCGGAAAGAGAUUGACGAAUCGUUACGUUUAAUAGAAGACCUCAAGUUCUUCCUAGCUACAGCACCAGCAAACUGGCAAGAAAAUCAGGUUAUUAGACGAUAUUACUUAAAUCACGAUGAAGGUUUCGUUAGUUGUGUUUACUGGAACAACUUGUAUUUCAUAACAGGAACAGAUAUUGUCAGAUGCAUUGUCUACAAGUUUCAACACUUUGGAAGAAAAAUCAUUGAUCGUAAGAAGUUUGAAGAAGGAAUCUUUUCGGAUUUGAGAAACUUGAAAUGCAAUAUUGAUGCGAUUUUGGAGCCACCGAGAUCGGAGUUUUUGGAGUUUUUGUUCAAGAAUUCGUGUUUAAGAACUCAAAAGAAGCAAAAAGUGUUUUUCUGGUUCAAUGUGCCUCAUGAUAAACUUAUGGCAGAUGCAUUAGAAAGAGAUUUGAAGAAGGAGAAACUAGGUCAAAAACCCACUACGGUGGCAUACCGAGAACCGGCGUUGAGCUUCCAAUAUGACGAGAACUCAAAUUUGUUCAAUCAAUUGACGAAACACAUGGAAUCUCAGAUUAGGAUAAAUGAAAACGACGAAGAAGAUGAGGAGGAGGAGGAAGAAGAAGAAGAAGAAGAAGAAGUAGAAGAAGAUAACGAAGAAGGGGCAGAGAAAAGGGAAAAUGAAAAACAAAGAAAAGAGAAACAAAGAGCAGUAAAAUCAUCCAUGGAAAACCGUUUAGAUGCAAAUAUUAAUGAUACCAAUCUUAAUUCUGCUGGUGGCGAAGAAAUAGAUAGGAAAAAUUCUAUUAGUGGACGAUCAUCUAUUGCUCUGACAACCAAGACCAAGGAUCACGGUUACAAUAAAGAUGAGGACAAAUAUAGUUUCUUUAACAAAGAAACACCGCAACAGUUCAGGGCUGGGUCGGACUACGAGGACGAUUUUCCGUUGGACUAUUUUGAUACCAGUCAAUCGACAGAUAGCUGUAUCACACUCGAUCCAAAUAUGCAAUCUGUUUACUACCCAAAUGUUGUACCAACAGGUGUAAGUACAGGUGAGCGUGGGUCAUUCAACAAUUUUAUCGACCCUACACUAUUCAUGCCAAACUCCAGCUACUAUAGCCAACAGCCAAUGUCUGCUACUGCUAAUCAAGUAGCAUUCAACGAAGAGUACCUGAUUGAGCAAACACAGCCAUUAAAAACACCGGUGGCCCCUCCCUUAUCCGCAAAUUCACUACAACCAAGAUCAUCUACUGGAAAAAUGUUUGCUUUCCAGAACCCUACAGCUGAAGACUUGCUAGGAUUCUCGCAACCACCCGGUGGUGUAAACUCUUCCCUACAACAACUACAACUACAAUUACAGCAGCAGCAACAACAACAACAACAACAGCAACAACCAUUAGCAGCUAAACUACAAACACAUUUUGCAUCAGGACGCCCCUCAUUGAGGGCAGCUUCUUCCCAAUUCCAAUUGCCUUCUCAACAACAACAACAACAACAACAAUCCUUGGUGUACGAUCAAAUGCCAUAUUAUACCACUACCGACCUUCCGCUUGCCUAUAAUUCCAUGCUACCCGCUGAAAACGACCUUUGGUCUGCUCAGGCUCAGACACAUGCACAAACACAAGCGCUUGCGGCUGCAAAUCAACCUGCUUUUGGGAUGUAUGACCCUGGGUUGGGCUAUGGCCAACCGCUGCAACCGUAUGUGCUCAUGAGCGAUCAGGACAUGCUUAACUUCCAAGCUGUAAACCAACAGCCGAUGAUGAUACCCAUGCAACGCCAGCACUAUCAACCACCACAACCACAACAGCAGCAGCAACAACAACAACAACCACAACAACAACAGCAACAACAACAACCUCAAACAAUCCCAUUUCUGGAAAUGACUAGGCAACAGCAAAUAAGUGCGAAAAUGAUGUUGAAAAAGAGGCAGUUGCAACAACAACAACAGCAACAACAACAAUAUUCACUGAAGUAUGGCGUAACCAAAGGGACGUCAGUACCAGCCAGUAGUGGCGUCAGUAGUUUCUCGCAAAGGAACUACAAGGAAAAGGACACAAAGCAUCGUCCGUCUUUACGUGACGUAGUCAAGUCCAAAACAAUCCGGCUCGAUAACAGAGACCAUGGAAGACAAUGA